AUGUUGCUCGGACGCCCCCUCCGGCACCUGGCGGAAGCCCGCGUCUGCCGGAGGCCCUUGGCGAGGGCCCCCGAGGGCCCCCCGGCACGUCUUCGAGCCUUCGCACCAGUCUUUCAUUCAUCGUUCGAGAGGCCACGGGAUGCAGCGAUGCAGCGAGCAGCGCACUUCCAGCAAAUGGCGGGAAAGCCAAGCCUUGAUGGCCCCUCCAAAACCUCUCUCGGUCCUGGGGAAAGUCUAGGAGCCUUGUGUGGGCCGUCAGCAACCACCAGCAUUACCAACCACAGCGGCGACUGCAGCGCAGCAUUUUUAGAGUUUGCUGAGGUAUAUCCACCUCAGUCUCGGCGGCGGGGCUUGCAGGGGCCCCCGCGUUCAAGUGGACAUGACGAAGGCGCUUCAGCGUCGGGGGAUCACCGAGAUGUGAAAGAGCUUCCACACAAGAAGGCAGCUUCGCCACUUAUUGCAGCGGACAAGAAUGCGCGUGCAACUCGGCGGUCUCGGGAGUUGCCGCCUCUUCUCUCCGCCACAGAGGCUGCAGUUGCCCACAUCAAGGAGCUUGUAGAGGGUUACAACAGGUGUCUCGAGCAGGCGGAGGCUCGGGGGGCUGAGCCACAGCCGAGGGCGUCGGGUAUACGCAUCAGCCUGAAGAGGCAAGGCUGCAGCGGCAUGGCUUACGACGUGGCCCUUUACGCGGAAGGGGCGUUAGGGGGGGACUCCGAUCCCAAGACAGUGUCUCGUGGCGAGGCAAAAUCAAGCUCUGAGCCCCUUGAAGAGGCUCCAACGAGGCGAGGCAAAGACUGGAGGGUGGAUGAAGUGGUAAAAGUGGGGGAGGUCGAAAUCCGCGUGGCAGCUGACGCCGUGAUGCUACUGGUCGGGACUCAGGUGGAUUUUGUGGACGAGGAGGUACAGACGGGAUUUGUCUUCAACAAUCCAAACCAAAAGCACUCCUGCGGAUGUGGGAAAAGCUUCAUGGUCUGA